ACAUUGAACUAAAAUGUAAUUUUAUAUUUGAGUUUAAUUUUUGCUACGUUUUCCUAUGCUUAGGUGUGUGUGUACAGCAGCAGAGCAUGUAAGCAGUAUUUAUUCUAUUUUCACUUCGAUUAAAAACAAACUUAACUCAUUACCAGGGAGCAGUUAGACAGAGCAGAUCAAACAUAUUAACAUAAUGAGCAAUGAAAUAAAAAAAUACAAUGCAGAAAAGCAAUUAGUAUUUAUUAGAAAAUUGUGAAUAUCAACUAUGGUGGAGUGACGAUUGGAUAAGUAGGUUGAAUGUCAAACAUGGCUGACAGCUUACAUGAGAAAUAGAAAUCCCUGUGCUUUCAUGCGUCCAUUAAAACUUUAUCUCUGUCAGUGUCAUGGCGAGAGGUGGAGAGAAUCAGACUUGACGUUUGCUAAAUGGCAGGUCACGCCACGGACAGGUUGUCAUCUCAUCUCAGGGCUGCAUGUAGAGAAGGAAAAGGAAGGACCAACCAAAUGUUUUUGCUUUUAGGCAACCUAAACUCACAGAGGUUGGCUCUGAAUCUUUAGAUGUUGCAGUGUUUGGGACUCUAGACUUUAUCUUAACAAAAUUAGAAAACCUGUGGUGCUUCAGUGGUCAUCAGGAGUAGAAAUGUCCAACGGACCAGCACCCUCUGUACCACCUUGCAGCUCUAAGCUAACUAGCAGAUCCAUUUUCAGUAUACAUUUUGCUCAUCGGGAGGAAACAAAUCACUCAACUCGCGAUCCAUUUAGUGGGAUAAGGGAAAAUCUCUCCUUAUCUGCCGUGGUCUGCAUAUACAGUCCCCGCUCUGACUGACUGACUGGCCAACUGAUAGGACCAGAAGCCCUGGCUCUGUCGAUCUGCAGGAGACUGAUAAGUCCUGUGUCACACACACACACACACACACACACAGGCACAACGCACUGAAAUGCACACACCGACACACUGUCAUGUGUCAGGGCCCUAAUCUGUCUCCAUGGCAACAUUCCAGGUUUAUUGUGAGAGAUUAUGUGGAUACCAGUGUGUGUGGUUGUGUACCGUGAAGAAAGUUAUAUCCUGGCUUUAUCACAUGACACACACAGACACGCAGAGGGAGCAGGGAUGGACUUAUCUGGUGAUACUCAGAUAUGGCUCGUGGGGUUAAUUGGUUUUUAGAGUGCAUGCUGCGGGAGAGACUCGGGACUGACCAGAUUACUGGGGAGACCAGGGAAGAACUCUGAGGGACAGAGCAGAGAAUGCUGGGAAAAACAGAAGGGGGUGUGGGCGCUGUGUCAAGUGAAGCAUUAAAUGGUUUAGUAAGUUCUACUGUGGAGAAAUAACGUCCUGAUGUUUGUACUGUAUGUAACAAUAACCAGUCAGCUGUUCACUUUAAUUCCAUCUGCAGUCCCUCUGCUGGCCACUAUUCCUUUAAUGUUUAUUGUCCUUUUAUCACGUUUGACCAGUCUCUAAAGUUCAAAGACUUCAGACAGAGAUGUUUAAACACGAUACCAAUUUGUUGGGCCUAGAAAUAAAUAUAUUAUUGGGGGAUUCAUUGUCAGUGAUGCUUCUUGUCAUAAAACACCACCAUUAGCCAAAUACGGCAAUGAGUCAAAGAGAAUAAGAAGAGAGGUAAACAUGCAAAUUGCUGUAAUGGCAAUUUAGAACAAAAAAAGUGACACUUGAUGGAAAUGUUGUCAAUUUAAAUUUAUAUUUGCAUGAAAAGAAGGAGGAGACAGAAACAGAAGAAGUCGCUACCUGUCGCCAACUAACAACAAAGAUCUGGGAUCCAAGUUUCAGAUGAAAAAAUAAAAGAAAAAGAAAAUGGUUCACAUCACAGAAGAGAUGGUUCGCCAGCGAGCAGAACACAAUGACUGCGAGAUCUUCUCGUUGGAGGAAGUGUCUCUGCAUCAGCUGGACAUCACACAGAUUGAACACCUCGACAAGUGGUGCAAGGAACUGAAGAUCCUCUACCUGCAGAACAACCUCAUACCAAGAAUUGAAAAUGUCAGUCGCCUGAAGAAGCUGCAGUAUAUAAAUUUGGCUUUAAACAACAUCGAAGUCAUUGAAAACCUUGAAGCCUGUGAGAGUCUCCAGAAGUUGGACUUGACGAUAAACUUUAUCGGUUGUCUCAGUAGCGUCCAGUCCCUUAGAGACAACAUCCACUUCAGAGAGCUGUUUCUGGUCGGGAACCCUUGUGCUGAGUUCAAGGGCUACAGGCAGUAUGUGGUGGCCUCGCUGCCUCAGUUGAAAAGGCUCGAUGGCAAGGACAUCAGACGCUCGGAAAGGAUUCUGUCAUCUCAAGGUCUGGAGGAGGUGCAGAGACACGUGGCAGAGCAGGAGAAGGAAUAUUUAAAAAAGAGAGCAGUGGAGAAAGAAGAAGCAGAGACGAGAACUGCUGCUAAGGAGGAAGAAAAUGGGCAGAGGACAGUCGGCUGUGGAGAAUUGAAAAACCAGGAAGUGGAGGAGCACAUAAAUGAAGUGAAGACACGGUGCCACUUGAGUGAAGAACAGAAGGAGCUGGAGUUCUGGAACACACCAUGUUCCUUUACCCCCGAAUCUCGUCUAGAGGCUCAUCGCCACCUGGAGGAGAACAGGAGGGCGGAGGAGAAGGUAAAGGAGAAGAAGCCGAAGCCUCCGAGGAGACUGAUUCACACUGAUGGGCGAGUCAUGAACGUUAAUGAGGCCAAACUGGAUUUUACUCUCACUGAGGAUGAAGAAAACAACAGCAUUGUGCUAGACCUGGCCGUCUUCAGGCACAUGGACACCACCCUGCUGGACGUGGAUGUUCAGCCAACGUACGUCAAAGUUGGAGUUAAAGGAAAAAUAUUUCAGAUGGUGUUGCCUAAUGAAGUGAAGCCCGACAGCGCAGUGGCUCAGCGGUCUCAAACCUCUGGUCACUUGGUCCUCACCAUGCCAAGGGCCAAUGAUGAGGUCAAAGGUUCAAAACCCCUCUUGUAUCCAAACAAAAAGUGUUCAGUUCAAAACAAGACUUCGUCUAAGGACAUUAGGGAAAAAAACAACGUUCUUGAACUCCUUGAAGUUGACCCCAGCAAAUAUAAGACCCUCGACCUCAGCAUUGUACCUCACCAGGUCAAUAAAAAAGGUCCACCUGAGACCCCCAAGCCCACCCCACCCUCCACAGUAGACAGCAGUUUCUCUAAAGACUUUGUAGAUGACCCCGAUGUCCCACCACUCACAUAACAUUACUUUUACUCUGACCCAUAUCUAUGACUAAACAUUUACUAUGAAUGGGAUCACUAAGCCAAAGUGUCGUCUCUAUAGCAAACUAUAGAGUUUUCUCCUGUUAUUGUGUGUAACACUGGUGUAAUGAGUUCAUUGUGAUCAUCUUGUCGUCCUAAUAUUAAUUUUUUCACUAAUUUUGGUUGCAAAAAGUGAAUUAUGAAUAGCCAAAAGAUGGCAGUAAAAAUGUUUCAGAAUAUAAAAAGUCACAGUCAGAGAUGGAGGAAAAUGAGGGACAAAACAAGUAACGAGUAUUUGACAUUUAUUUGUAAUUUACAAUGUAAUGUAAUGAUUUUAAUAAUUAAUCAUAAAGAACAUUUUUCAUUUCUAAUUGUAGAAAUAAAUCUUCCCAAGGUCCCAGUGAGAAAGAUCGCUUUUAUCAUUGUCAUGAUAUCGCAGUCAAAAUACUGCGACUGGAAGUGAUAUCCAAGUCUGCAGUUCCAGUGCCAUCUGUUCUCUGGUAAAUAAUUAAGCAUGGCAAACUUGCUAUUCAAAAUCAAUCUGAACCAAGAUUGGUUCAGUGUAGCGGCUAAUAAAUGAAAAAAACAGUCAGUGUCAACCUGCUCUGUUUAGGAUUAUUUAUGUGGUGAACAUUUGCCAAGAAACAAUUUGAAAAGCUCAGCUAUUAGCAAUAGUGCUAUUAUUCAUCUCGUUCUUUUUUUUUUGUUUGUUUGUUUUUAGUUUUGUAGCUACAUAUGUGUCACCUGGCAUUUCAAUUUAAAAUGGAUGGAUUCUAUAGGGGAGAUGAUAAUUUGCACAAGACCUAAUGUGCCUGCUCACAUGUACUGUGGAGGGUGAGACUUUUUUUAAAUUUAUUUUAGAAAAUGAAAUGAAAAACAGCCCAGUUUCAUCCUCCUCCCAAAUCCCCGGCGUGUUGCUUAUAGAAACGUUCACACUUGAAUGAUUUCUAUAGGAGCGUCUACUAUGGUCCACUGUGGAUGAAGUGAGGCUGAUGUGAGGGGGGAGGGGUUUGUAAGUGGGAUCUGGACCAGAAAUAUCAGCCUGAAACAAUAUUAGGUUAGAAGCGUUAAAAAUACAGCUGGCAGAAGGAAACUGAGUUCAUCCAAAACACUGUCACAGUAACUUUAUUAACACCGACCGUUUCCUGCUUAUUCCUCCAAGUCUCAUAUUGAAUUAAAAAUGAGGAUGCAGCCCAGAGAGGUCACAGAGGUGAUACUACAGUUCAUGUUGUGUUAUGAAAAAAAAAAGUCAAAAUGAAUGAAAAAUAUAUACAUUUACACUGUAAAAAUUCUGAGAAAAAGGGAUGUACAAGUGAAAGCUGGUGCUCAAACAAGUUCCUGUAGGAAGGCAAGAGUAAUAACCGCUCGUCCCCAUACGCUAACAAAUACUGUUGCUACAUGGUGAAGUAAAACUGAACCUGCAGGAAAGGAAAAAUAUUCUAUUAAGAUUGAUAGUAAGUAACCUGCUGCUCUCUUCUGUAUUGUAAGAACUCUGUAUUAGACGUCUAAACAUAACAGUAUAUAAAAGGCAGAAUAAAUGGAUUCUGUCAAAGUGUAGGAAAAAUGUUUAUUUGAUUUAUUUUCUCCCCUUGAAUCAUAAAACUUUGUUUUUAGUUUGAUUGCUUUGGUCUCAGUCGGAUUUCUU